AUGUCUAGCGCAGAUCGUAAAAUUUUGAUACUUUAUGGUAGUCAAACUGGUUUUGCACAAGAUGUUGCUGAAAGAAUCACAAGACAAGCAAAAAGAAGACAUUUUAGAGCAAGAAAUUUUGCAAUGGACUCAUACAAUAGGGAUAAUUUGAUCAAUGAAGAAUUGGUGAUUUUUGUAUGUUCAACUACUGGACAGGGCGAUGAACCUGAUAAUAUGAAAAAAUUCUGGGAAUUUUUAUUAAGAAAAAAUUUACCAAAAGAUAUUUUGAAUCAAAUGAAAUUCACGGUUUUUGGUCUUGGUGAUUCAUCAUAUGUCAAAUAUAAUUGGCCAGCAAAAAAACUUUAUAAGCGACUCUUACAAUUAGGAGCUGAAAGUAUUUAUCCUCGUGGUGAAGGUGAUGAUCAACAUUACCUUGGGUUAGUUAUUUGGUUAUUAAGUUAA